AUGGAAGUUGAGAACCGUAUGUGGAUACUUCGAAAUUAUAUUGUACUGCACAAUUGGUAUCGUACCAAUCGUGAUACCACCUCUGAGAGAGAUCAUCAGGAGUCCAAGAUGGGAGGCUGCGCCGAAUUCAUCAUUUUCUGUUACCUCCUCAUUGCGGUACAUCACGUGACCUCAGCCAACGAGAAGGAGCCUCGUAAAGUGGGAUUGCUGAUACCUGAGAAAUUAAUAGGAGGCGUUAUUGAUAUUGUGCAAAGUCACAAGCAAAAACCAUCAACUACUGGACUGCCCAACCAGCAAACGUACCCGAAUCAGCAGAUCUAUGCCCCACAGCAGGGCUACCAACCUCAAUACGCUAAUCAGUGGAGCCAACAAAGCAAUUAUCAGAACCAGUUCCAAAAUCAAUAUGGAAACUAUCAACCCGGGAAUGGCAAUUACCAACCCGGUAAUGGCAAUUAUCAACCUGGGAAUGGCAUUUACCAAUCUGGGAAUGGCAAUUACCAACCUGGGAAUGGCAAUUAUCAACCUGGAAAUGGCAAUUACCAAUCUGGGAAUGGCAAUUAUCAACCAUCGCCUGGCAAUUACGUUCCAAACAAUUACCCCGUUCCAAUACAGGAAUCAGCAAGUCGCUGGGCAAAAUCAGCAAGUCGUCUGGCAAAAUCAGCAAGUCGUCGGGCAAAAUCAGCAAGUCGCCGGGCAAAACCAGCAGUCGCCGGACAAAAUCAGAAUCAGUCAAGUACCCAAUUCCAAGGUCAAACACAAGUGAUCAACCAGGAAACUCCAGGUUCCGGCGGUAUUCAAAGUGGAGGUCUUCAGGUGUCUGGUGGGCAUCAGUCUGGUGGACCAGGCCCUACUUGUAUAUGCCAGGCGUGGACCAAACCUCAUGCUAGUCCUAUCAACGAGCAGGGACUGAUAAAACCUGAAGAUAAAAAGGAUUGA